AUGUACCUCAAACUCCAACCUUACACAAAAGUUUCUAUGAAACAACAUGCCAUCCAUAAGCUGCUGCCAAAAUUCUGCGGUCCAUUUCUCAUUCAGGAUCACAUUGGUUCAACUGCCUAUCAAUUGAAACGUCCUCCAUAUGCAGCCAUACACAACAUUUUUCAUGUUUCACAAUUAAACUAUGCCCAAACCCUUAAGGACAAACUGUUCAACAUCUACCUGCAUCAUCAGCUCAGUAACUGGGAGGAAAGUGCUGUGUGGUCCAUUUUCCAUUUACGACAGGUAGUUGAUGUGGCAAAGCUAAUGGUUGGACUGCUUUUUUUGAGAUACAAGAAAAAAGCACCAUCAAAUCGUCUUCGGUGA